AUGCCUCGCUGCAGACCUCCUACCAUUAUUCUCCUGGUGAUCCUACAGGGGGCGGCAGUGGUGCUGCUCUAUGGCUGGUUUACCCAACUUGGCCCCUGCAGCCCUGCCACCUCUGAGGGAAAAGUUCAUGUAUUGCUGCUGUCAUCAUGGCGAUCAGGGUCGUCGUUCUUGGGUCAGGUGUUCAGCCAGCACCCGUCUGUUUUCUAUCUAAUGGAGCCCGCCUGGCAUGUGUGGACCAAACUGCAAAAGCCUGGUGCCCGGGCACUUAGGAUGGCAGUGCGGGACCUGAUCCGGAGUCUGUUUCAGUGUGACCUAUCAGUGAUGGAGGCCUACAUGUUUGAAAAUCGCAACGUGUCCAGUUUGUUCAUGUGGAGUCACAGUCGAGCGCUGUGUUCGCCGCCGGCCUGCCCCCUUACACCACGCAACCAGAUCAGCAACCGCACAGAGUGCUUCAAGCAAUGUGAUGCAAAGGGCCUGCAGGGUGUCGAGGAUGCCUGUCAUUCCUACAGCCACGUGGUGUUCAAAGAGGUACGAUUCUUUGAGCUGGAGUCCCUCUACCCGCUCCUCCAGGACCCCAGCCUAAAUGUUCGCAUCAUCCACCUGGUCCGAGACCCACGGGCCGUGCUGCGGUCCAGAGAGCAGUCGGCCAAAGCCUUUAUUAACGAUAACGCCAUCGUCCUGGAGCAAAAAGCAACGCCAGUGGCUGAUGUCCAGUAUCGCGUCAUGCAAGAGGUUUGCCGUAGUCAUGUGCGCAUCAAUGAGAGGGCCACCCUGAAGCCCCCGGACUUCCUGAAAGGCCGUUACAAGAUGGUGCGCUAUGAGGACAUGGUGCGGGAUCCACUGCUAGAGAUCAAUGCUAUGUAUAAGUUUGUUGGCCUAGAAAUGACCAAAACGAUGCAGGAAUGGAUCUACAAGGUGACCCACGGGAAAGGCAAAGGCACCAAGAAAGAAGCCUUUGAAAUCACCUCUCGAAACGCUAGUGAUGUCUCUCAGGCGUGGCGUACCGCGCUGCCUUUUGACAAGGUCAAGCGUGUCCAAGAAGUGUGUAAGGGCGCCAUGUCCUUGCUUGGGUACAGGACAGUUGACAGUGAAAAAGAGCAGAGGAGAAUUGACUUGGACCUGCUGGCACCAAGGGAGCGGUAUCACUUCAGCUGGCUCCCGGCCAAAACAGAGCACUCUAACAACAUUUAA